AUGUGGUCUCGUCCGUUCACUAUCUCUCGGGACUAUAUGUUGCCGUUUCUGUCACUUUGCCUUUUGAUCAUCCAACUCGGCCUUUCAAUAAGCGACCUGCCAUCGAUCAAACUGAUUCAGGAUAUCAUAUGCAAAGAUGGUCAUCGGGUCGACAACCCUGCGCUUCUCCCUGAGGAAGAUUGUCGAGAUGAGGCUGUGCAGCACAGGCUCAACUAUAUCAUCAUGGGGAUGCAGAUAUCGGCAACUAUUUCUGCAACUCUGGUUGCUCUUCCUCUAGGUGUUAUCGCAGAUCGAAUCGGUCGUCUUCCUAUCCUUGCUGCAAGCAUUCUCAGUAUGGUACUCUCGCAAGCUUAUGCCAUGUUCAUAUGUUGGAAAUCGGAGAUUAUCCCACUCGAAGCUAUUUGGGGGACCGGUGUGCCACUACUCUUUGGCGGAGGUCGGAGUGUUGCUGAAGCUAUGGUGUUUGCCAUAAUCGCGGAUUCAGUACCUGAUCAAAAGAGGUCGAUAUGGUUCCAGUGGGUUGUAGCAUCUGUUCUCACUGCACAGCUCGUAGGUCCGUUGUUAUCAGGGGUACUUGUUCAGUCGUCGAUAUGGAUGCCACUCUUCCUGUCCUUGGGCUUGGUACUAGGCGGCGGUAUUGUCCUCGUCGCCUUCACACCAGAGACACUGAAGCGGAAGCAGCCUCAAGAGUAUCCAAGCAUUGGUCCAUAUGGGUACGGCCUGGAGUCGGACAUGUUCAGCUUCAAUCUACCCAAGAGAACAUCUACAUUGAUCGCUGUAAAUUCGAUGUUCGCCAGACCUCUCCUCUGGCUUCUGCCAGGGGCUGUCAUGACGAUUCCGCUGGCGACCAUACAAACCGAUAUCAUCAUCCGCCUGAUGCCCAUACAGUUCGACUGGCGUCUCGACCGUUCUAUCCUUAUCAUAUCUCUACGAAGUCUGAUCACACUCCUCACCUUGUGCAUAUUACUGCCUGUCAUCAACUACAUCUGGACCCGACUCUCCCGCACUUCAGCCCAUCGCCAAAACUCCAUCUUGGCUCGCAUCAGCUCGCUACUUUUUUUCGCUGGCUGUCUUUGCAUGAUGAUGGUCACCGAGGAGGCUUUCAUCCUGGCAGGUCUGAUUAUCUCUGCUCUAGGCUCAGGUCUACCUACGCUGUGCCGUGCAAUACUAGUAGGGCUUACAGGAGAAGAGCGAGUUGGGAUGUUGUUUGGAAUACUGGCGGUCUGUGAGAUUAUAGGCUUUCUCGCUUGCGAGACAGGCAUGGGGGCAUUAUUUGCCGUUGGACUGAAGACGUGGAUGGGAAUGCCAUUUUGCUUUGGAUUGACGAUGGCUCUGGUGAUUACUGUGACAACCUGGUUGGUUCCAACGAGGUUGCAGAGUGCUGAAGAUGUAUAA